AUGCCGCACACAGAAGUACCCCCUAUCAAGCUCCCUCCACCAUCAUGGCCUUCUAUCGGCCAGAACUCCGUGGACAAUCAACCUCAACCUUCUUACACGAAGAUUCGCAUUCAGAGGCCUCAAGUGUCAGACCAGGAACCCAAACCCCAUUCCUCCUCAAGUCGGACCUCCCCAGUCGCCAAAAAACGCAAGGACACAUUCCACAGAGAGAAACAACGGAGGGCUAAGCUUGAAAAUGAUCCUUGGAGCGACAAGGCACGUUUGACUCCCAAGAGCGUGUUCUGUCUUGGAUGUAAACGCGAAAUCAAGUUGGACAGACGGAAUGAUUAUUAUCCCGGUCUUUGGUUGAAGCAUCGUGGGUUGUGUCAGGGAAUUGCCAGGGCGAAGGCCAGAGCGAGAAAGGAGACAACGCGCUCCUCAGCGAAUGUGUCGGAUACGAUGAAUCCCGAAGCGGAUCCGGAAAAGAUGGGAAUUGAAAUUGAUUCGGACUCUUCAAUGGACUCCCUCAGUGACGAUGCCGAGCAGGCUGCGCGUAUUCUCAUCGAGCUGAAAUCGAGCACCAGACGUUUCGACGACUCCGACUCUUCUUCCUCUUGUUCAGACUCGGCUUGA